GCAAACAGACGCCAUUACGUUUUCUGAUUUCUUGCAGAAAAAUUUGUGUAUACAUUGAAAAACUUAAUUUACAAAAUAAAAAUAAAGUCAAAAGUUUAGUGAUUAUCUUACAAGAUUAUACUUACUCAAUAUUGAGAAAUGCCGUCGAACAGCAGUUCUAAUGGUAGCAGCGAUGAAAGUCGUGAUGGUAGAUCACACAGAAGUUCUAAAAGGAAACGAGAGUAUAGUCUCGUUCAGGAUAGACGAAAUAGUAGGAAAGAAACGUCGAGCAAAACAAAAAUCCACAAAGAUUCUAGAAGUGGAAGAGAUGUACAUAAGAAUAAUAGAGAUUCAAGAAAAGAUGGCAAUGAAAGGACACAUCGAGAGAGAGACAGAGACAUGGAUCGGGAUUGGGAUAAACGAGAGCGGCUAGAGGAUUCCAGAUCCAGUUUCCGUGAUUAUUCUAGGAGGCAAGAGGAUAGGCAGAAUAAUAAAAGAAGAUACGAAAGAUCACAAGUAAGAAGGGAAGAUGUUCGAUCAAAACUAAAUGAGAACGAGGAUAAAACAGUAGCAAUGAAAAAUACAUGUGAGUCUGAUAGAAGACAAGAAAAGCAUGAUAGACCAAAUAAAUUUCAAGCAGACGAUUUGAAUAGAAAUAAAGAACAAGAACUGCAAUGGGGUAAACAAUAUUCAAAGGAUAAAUCAAAGCCGGUGCCUCAAGAUAAAGAGAAACCUAGUUUUGAACUAUCUGGGAAAUUGUUAGAAGAUACAAAUAUAGUUAAUAAUGUUGUAAUUAAGUAUGCAGAGCCAUCAGAUGCAAGGAAACCAAAACGAAGAUGGAGAUUAUAUCCUUUCAAAGGGGAAAAGGCUUUGCCCACUCUUUAUGUUCAUAGACAAUCUGCAUAUUUGAUGGGUAGAGAUAGAAAAGUUGCAGAUAUACCAAUAGAUCAUCCAUCAUGUUCUAAACAGCAUGCAGCUUUACAAUAUCGUCUAGUUUCAUUUCAAAAAGAAGGUGGAAGUGAAGGAAAAAGGAUACGUCCAUACUUAAUUGAUUUAGAUUCCGCAAAUGGAACUUUUGUUAAUAAUGUAAAAUUGGAACCAAGAAGAUUCCACGAAUUGUUGGAAAGAGAUGUACUGCGUUUUGGUUUUAGUUCUCGAGAAUAUGUUUUAUUACAUGAAUUCAGUAAAGAUGAUUCAUUAGAUGACGAUGUUCCAAUGCCCCAAACAACCUAGAAAACACGAAUAUUGUUAUCAAUGUUUUGUAUAAGACGUUUUGGAUGGAUCUGUAAAAUGUAUAUUAUGUAAAAUUAUAAUAGAUUCAAAAAUUUGUACUGUAAGAAAUUAUCAAUCAUGAGAUUAAAUGAAAGCAUAAUUUCCUACAUACAUUUGGCCAGAAUAUAAUUACAUAAUUAUUGGAGUUGUAAAUUUUGAACGAAUAAUGUGAUGUAUUCUUUAUAUUCUCUUUGAAUAGUAAAAAUGUAAAAUUUAUUAGCAAAUUUCUAAUAUUGUGUUGGCAAGUAUGAAAUUUGUAGUGAGUUAUAUCCAGAAAUUUCAUACUUGAUGACCCAGUAUAUAUGAAUGGUUUGGAAGAAGCCAAUAGGCUUGCAUAGUUUUCAAUUUUUGUGUGAUGGAAGAAGGACCUAUAUUGCAUAAAUAAUAAUUUCACUUGUUACUCUUUUUUUGCUCUCUUGAGAAAUUUCCAAUAUAUAACAGACUUUUCUUCCAAACACUUUUAUUCAUAUAUAUAUAAAAGUAUCUAAUAAGUAGAUAUUAAUUACUUAACAAAAUCUGUAUAUGUUUAGUUCUUUUUCUUCAAAUAGUAUAAUUUAAAAUUCGUUGGCGAAUAUAUUUGUGAAUAUAUAUUUAUGUAUAAUAGGUAUUCGCGUAGUUCAGGUGGUAGAGCGUUUGUUCUGAAAGAGAAAGGUUUUGCAUACAAAUCUUGGUCUAGACGACUCGACGCUCAAAUUUUUUAUAAGCUCUGUUUGAAGAAUCCGCUAUUAUGUAGGAUUUUGUAUUAUACCUAUAUUAAAUACUUCUACACAAUUUGUAUAUUUCUAGCUUUUUUUCUUCAUAUAGUAUUUAUUUAAAAUUCGUU